UGCUUUCAGAUCUUGCAGCUCAGCCCUCAGUGCCGGAGCUCUGGCUGUGACAGUCACAGUUCUACCUGCUGCUGCUACUGCACUUAGCUUCCAUAGAGCAAGACAUGAAUCUUCCAGCCUGCUGUACCCUUCCUAUGCACAGAAACCUAGCAGAAUUCUUAUAAUAGCAUACAAAAGGCUCAUUUGUAACCCCUUGUCUGCCUGAAAUAUGGGGAACCAGAUGGAAAAGCUGACACACUUGAGUUACAAAGAAGUCCCUACAGUAGAUCCUACAGGAGUGGACAAGGAUGAUGGUCCCAGGAUAGGGGUCUCCUAUAUUUUCUCAGCUGAUGACGAUGAAUUGGAAGACACAGGGCACAAUCUGGCUAAAUCUGGAUCUAUGCAAGAGGAGAUACAGUAUGAUCACUGUAAUGAAGUGGAGUGUUCUGUUUAUUAUAGAGACGAAUGUAUUUAUGAGAAGUGUUUUGGUGCUGGAGACCAGCUGAGCACCUAUUCCCCAGAGAAUCUAUUAAAUAAGUGCAAGCCUGGGGACCUGGUGGAGUUUGUGGCCAAGAACCAAUAUCCCCACUGGGUUGUAUAUGUGGGUGACUUCCAAGUGGUGCAUUUGUACAGGCUGGAGAUUGCUAACAGUUUUAUGACAGACGCCAGCCAGGGAAGAAGAGGAAGGAUUGUAAAUGAUCAGUAUAAAUAUAAAGCACUUAGCCCAGAGAUGGUUGUGCAAAAUGCCAUGGAGCAAGUAGGAGCCAAAGAUCAGGAACUGUGCUGGAGAAACUCUGAGUGCUUUGCAGCCUGGUGCAGGUAUGGGAAACGUGAAUUUAAGAUAGGUGGGGAGAUACGGAUAGGUAAACAGCCAUACAGGUUGAAAAUACAGCUUUCUGAGAAAAAGAGCCAUACAUUGGAAUUUCAGAGUUUAGAGGAUCUAAUUAUGGAAAGGAGAAGAAACGAUCAAAUUGGGAAAGCAGCUGUAUUCCAGGAGCUCUCCAGUCAUCUACAUGCUGAUGAUGAAACCAGGACUGAUCACAAUGCUAACUGAUGGAUUAAAUCUGAAGGCUGCGAAAUUGAGCUGUUCUAAGCCCUUUGGGUCGUUUCUGUGCAGUUUUAUUCAAAUCACAUGUGAAAGGAAAGCAUAUUAGUUUUGCUUAGAAUUAACUCUUUCACACCAGCCAGGGAUUGACAACACUGCAAUUUAACACUGCACAA